AUGAGUAGCCCAAAGCGCAGAAUCGAGACAGAUGUCAUGAAGAUGCAAGAAUUCUACGUUCGUUUCAAGGGCCCAGAAGAGACACCAUUUACCGGAGGCCUUUGGAAAAUUCACGUCGAAUUGCCUGACCAGUACCCAUACAAAAGCCCGAGCAUCGGAUUCGUCAACAGAAUUUUCCAUCCAAACAUCGACGAGCUGUCGGGGUCGGUCUGCCUUGAUGUGAUCAACCAAACGUGGUCGCCCAUGUACGACAUGCUCAACAUUUUCGAGGUCUUCCUUCCCCAGCUCCUCCGUUACCCCAACCCUUCGGAUCCUCUCAACGGAGAGGCAGCCGCGCUGAUGAUGAGAGAACCCAAAGCAUAUGAGGCAAAGGUGAAAGAAUAUGUUGCCAAAUACGCUAGCAAAGAGGCUGUGGAUGAAGCGGGCGAGGACACCGAGUCUGAAGAUGAGCUAAGCUCGGCGGGGAGCUACGAGUCUGACGGCGAACAACCUGCGGGUACAAUGGACGAUGUCUGA